AUGUCAAAUUCAUUGGCUUGUGAGAUUAUAUGGGCUUUGCUGAUUGGUUGGGAUGGUAGCAAUGGCACACUAAAGGAGUAUCUUGUGCCUGAAAUCGCGAAGGACGUCUUCCAAAGCCGGCUCACAGUUGCUGUGAAAGGACAGAUGGCUUCAGAGUCUGUUCAACAACCGCAGAGUGGCAAUACCACUGGCGAGAGCAGUGACGUCGUGGCCUCGAGCCCUCCCGCUGUUGCGCCCGCCCCAAAUAUCACACCUGCACGAUACCCAUCAUACCCAACACCACAGGCUGCCCGUGCGGCUACCUCCUCGGCUCAACCAAAACCCAAAGAGAGCAGCAGUGCGAAUAAGAGUACAAUGAGUAAUGCGCCGCCAAAGAAGCCAGUCCCGGCGAAGUCUCCGCCGCCGAAAGAAGAGCAAAAGAAGCCAAUUUCCAAACAGGAAAAGACAGGAAAGACACCCCUAAAGCCCAAGCAGACUAGUCCCGGCAAGAAAGCUACUCCCCCUCACGAAGAACCCAAGCCACAACCACCGGUACCCCGUGGACCCCCCAGUCAAUACCGACUACAAGUGCGAUUGUUCGAUGGAAGCUCUGUCCGAUCCAGCUUCUUACCCACGCAUACAAUUGACAGCAAUGUGCGCCCCUGGUUGGAUGAACAAAUGGGCACUGAACAACGCCCCUACAAUCUCAAGCAUAUCUUGACUCCUCUUCCUAGCCGAACACUCUCCGUCUCUGAAGAAUCUCAGACACUCCAGGACUUGGGGCUAGGAUCAACCGCUAACCUGGUCAUGGUUCCUGUUUCAUCAUACACAGAUGCAUACUCAGCUACCGGAUCAAGCCUACCUGUUCGAGGCAUAUCAGCUGUAUACAAUGUUGUUUCAUCUGUUGCAAGCACAGCCACGGGUCUCGUAGGCUCAUUCAUUGGAUAUGGACAGGCUGCACCGAGUGAAAGUGGGAGUGGAUCAUCGCCUGCAUCUACUUCAGCGCCCUCGGAGAACAAUCAGCGACCACGCAAUACGGGACCGAUCAUUCGAACACUCAGGGACCAACAGAAUGAUAGGAAGGAUAGCCAGUUUUACAAUGGAAACCAAGUAUGUUAUUUUGAUCGCCUUGGAUAUUCCGAUGACUAA